AUGGCUGUGUUCCAGGCUGUCCAGGGACCCAGCCUGCCCUGCAAGCGGACGUGUGAUCUUUCGACCUCCGUCAACCCGGGAGACGAAGCCUGGAAGGGCGGGAGUUGGGCCCUGGCUGGAGGCCUGGACAUCCAUCCGGAGAGGCGGAGUGGCCUCGGGGCGGCGUGUUGGUGGCGGAAUCUGGUGAUUCAAGAAAACGUGUUUCUAAAGCCUCGGCCGGGCCGCGCCUGGGCUGUCUGCGGUGCUCUUCCGGAAUUCUCUACAAUAUCUGGAAGUGACCAGGAAAAUUCCAGAACCCAGAGGCUGCGCCGUGGAGAUAAACUUGGGCAUCUGGGAAGGAACUGCUGGACCAGCGGAAUGAGGGGCCAACGCCAGGGGCAGCACCGCCCGGCCACAGAGGACUGUGGCCCCACAGAUGACGCCCUCGGCUACCAGCUUCUGCAUCUGGAAGACGACCAGGAGGAGAAGGGACGGUCUGCAAGUGUUCAAAGUGAUGUUUCCAAGCCAGGCGAAAGCAAUGUUUCCAAGCCGGGCGUGCUUGUAAUCCCAGCACUUUGGGAGGCUGAGGCAGGCGGAUCACCUGAAGUUGGGAGUUUGAGACCAGCCUGACCAACAUGGAGAAACCCCGUGUCUACUAAAAAUACAAAAUGAGCCAGGCAUGGUGGCACAUGCUUGCAAUCCUAACUACUGGGGAGGCUGAGGCAGGAGAAUCACUUGAAC